AUGUGCAGGUCGCAGCCAUGUGGGCGUGUAUUUCCUUCCUGGCCAUCAUACAUGAGCACAUUGGACAAAAGCCGCCACUGUCCGCCCACAGACGCCUUACGUCCACGGGAAGCACCUAGUUCCACAGCGGAGGCUUCCGCGAGUCACCCGUACAUGGAGAUUCUGCGUCCCAAACGAUUCCUUCCCGAUGAAAACCACCACCCUGUCAACGACGAUCCAGUGACCGCGCCUGCGCCCAAAAAGCGGGCCCUCGGAGGCAGCGGCGCCACCUUUCCUUCCCCAUCGACAACGUUGCCAUGUGCGCCCCGAUCCUCGUCUACCCAGUACCCAGUCAUGCAACCUAGCACACGCCUCCCCAAAAUCAGCCCCGUCGUCCUCGUGUUGAAGAAACGUCCUCUGGACACCAUCUCCGAAGCCGCACCGGCCCCAGUGCCGAGUGUAUCGGCGACAAAGUCGGCUGUUUCGCACCAGCAACCACCCCAGCAACCACAUCAACCACAACAACCACCGUCGCACCCAAUGCUCCAGUCCGAGAAACUGCAAUCCGUUCUGCGCGGCCUCUUCCACGUCGCGCAAUGCUCAGACGGGUGUUCCAACAAACUAUGCCAAUCCACCACGGCCUUUGUCACCAAGGUCCGCGCGCACUUGGCGUCGCAGCUAUCGUCGCACGACCGAUCCAGUUGCGGCGCAUGCAAACUGUGGACCAUGAUCGCGGACGAACACCGCAAGGACUGCCUGGAUCCGCUUUGCCCCAUUCCGCUCUGCAAGCGCACGCUGUACAUGUGA